AUGAGUGGUUUACGCAAUACUAUGAAGGGUGGCUGGCACCCAGAAGGCAAGGAAGGUGGAAAGGAAAGCUGGCGUGGUGAUUUCAAAGGCAUUAACCAAGUGGCUGGGUGGAUGGGAAAAGGUAAGGAAGGUGACUCCUCUGGCUCUGGAUCUGGCUCUGGACAGUCCUCUGAACCACAAGGGGGUAUCAGAGGCUCAGUGGCUGGGUGGAUGGGAAAGGGCAAGGAGGGUGACUCCUCCGGCUCUGGACAGGGCUCCUCAUCACAGGGGGGUAUCAGGGGCCAAGUGGCUGGCUGGAUGGGAAAGGGCAACGAACCCAACUCUAACCGCUCUGAUCAUGUCUCACGACCAUUGUCAGCAUUAAAAGACCCAUCUACCUUCGGGCCCCCUCCCAAACAUAUCAAUUACCAUGGAGCAGCCGCGGUGCCAAAUCAGACAACACCCGACCGCCGGGGUGUAGGAGCUCCGCUGUCCCAGGAUCAGAUAGACGCGCAGAAUUUCCAUCGACAGCAAGUAGCCGAAGCAGAGGAGGAACAGUUCCAAAAGCCCGCUCCGCCUCCGGUCCCGUAUCGCGUCGACACAAGCGGCCUUUCUACAGACAAUCUCCCUCCACCACCAGUGCGGCGACUGGACUCAGCAAGUUCCGCCUCAACAAGCUCAAUCUCAAAGCCAAAGCCACCAAAGCCCCCGCCACGCCUUCCUGCCCGCAAUGGAUCCCCCAGCGCCGACCCGCCCCCCGCUUAUUCUCCUGAACCGGUACUCUCCCACGAUUAUAUCAAUCAAGAUGCUACAUCCCGCCUAGCAAACGCGGGUGUCUCGGUUCCUGGAUUUGGAAUCGGCCAGGAGAAAUCUUCGUCGCCUUCACAUACGCCUGUCAAUGAGCUGCAGUCACGCUUCUCCCAGAUGAACACCUCGGGAUCUCCAUCGGCACCCACCCCGCCUGCUCGAGCCUCGACGAACAUCGAGGCGCAGUCCGCGAGCAGCACAUCUUCUUUCCAGAACUUGCGCGAGCGCCACGCAGACUCCAUCGAUUCAGGAAAGCAGAAAUAUGGUGAUUUCCGUGAGCGCCACGCGGACUCGAUCGACUCGGGAAAACAGAAAUACGGUGACUUCCGUGAGCGUCAUGCAGAUACCAUUGACUCAGGAAAGCAGAAAUACGGUGAUUUCCGUGAGCGUCACGCGGACUCAAUCGAUUCAGGCAAACAGAAGUUGAGUGGUUAUGCGUCACGAUUCACUGGCUCUUCUCCCGCAGCGCCUAGCCCACCGGCCCGGCCCGCGUCGAAUACUUCUAAUAUGAACUUGGAACCGGCGGAGCCCGCGCGGGGCACCUCCUCUGUGCAAGAUUUCCGUGAACGCCAUGCGGACAAAAUCGACAUGGGUAAAGAGAAGUGGGGUGGAGUCACAUCGCGUUUCAACACAUUUGUGGAGGACCGCAAGUUCUCCGCCGAAGCCAACAAACGGGUUCCACGCCCACCGUCUCGUCCCAUGUCCAUGGCCCAGUCGAACUCUGCAGCGGUGUCACCCACAGAGCCCGAUAUCCAGACUCAAGCCCAACGCAAGAAGGCCCCGCCGCCACCUCCACCCAAGCGGGCUGAAUUUCGUGCGUCUCCCGUUGACGCUUCGUCACCAUCACCUCUGGGGCCUCCUCCCGUUCCCCAUAAUACCAAGCCCCGCUAA